CUGUUUUGUGCACCCUGAGGUCCGUUUACAACUUCCAACUCGUCUGUUUUUGUUGUUGUUUUUGUCACUACGCACCCGGUACCAUAUCCAUGUGUAGUUGUUUCUCAUGUUAUUCUUGCUAAAAAUAUAUAUCUUGAUAUUUCUGUUCUGCUAAAACAACUUUUUCGUAUAUUGUCAAUAAUGGAUAUACUCGUUAUAUUACGCGCGAAUUGUACAUGUUGAUGUCUUCACUAUACAUCUACAAUGUAUAAAAUAGUAAAAAUUAAGAAAAACCCUUGAAUGGGCAAAAAUGUAACAAAAUAAUACAUAGGAGUUUGAUAAAUCUCUCCUGUCAGUGCGUUGGGUUGGUCUGCGUGUGGAGUUGCCAGUGCCAUCAUAUCCUGCUUUGAUGCGAAUAAGUUCGGAGAGGCUGGUCCUUUUCUACGAAAAACUGAUCUGGAGUUGCUGGCUGCGCAAAUCGUCUCAUUUGAUGGUAAAACGCCAGCAUGGUUCUAGACGAAAAGGAGACUCACAUUGAGGAUAAGAACAAGCAGCUCAACGGAGACAAUGUUAUCGUUGAGACCAAAGAUAGAAGAAGGACAGAGGACAGGAAGAACCUGGCUAGUCUACAGCAGCUCAUAGACAAGCUGCAAGCCAAGGUGAAGAGCUACAAGAGGCAGGCUGAGGAAGCGGAGGAACAAGCUAACUUCAACCUGACCAAGUUCAGUAAGAUCCAGCAUUAGCUGGACGACGCAGAAGAGGGUUGAAAUGGCCGAGACCACGGUCAAUGAACUCAGGUCAAUAAACUCAGAGUUCACACCAAGGGCCCAAGGUCAGUACUACACUUUAUGGAAGAUACCGGUAAGGUGUGAUUUAUCACAUAACAUGUGGCUAACAAUUGAGGGAAAAAAUAUUAUUGUAUUUGGAUUUGUAACAAAAAAUUCACUACACUCAGUCAGCUGAAGUUGGUCUGCUCUUGAAUAUUUAGGGCAUAUAACUGAAGCAUA